AUGAACCUCACUUUGGUGCUUGUGGCCUCGCGACCGCAGCGCCUACGUCGAAUCAUGUAUGCUCUACGAAUCCGCAGACGGUUGAAAGAGCGAAACUUCAUCAAGUCAGUUGCACUCUUUGAAUCCCAAGAGAUGAGUCCAUGGUACACCAUGUACAAGGCCCGAGAUGCACAGUCAUUUGUCGCGACUGUGUCGCAGCCAUCGGGCAUCGGUCUUGUCGACGGGGCCAACGUGGUGGACGACGCAGACAGCGAUAGCAGCGGCAACCAUGAGCAGCCCAGAGACGGCGUAGUGGAGCCUUUCUUGCUUGUGGAUUCGGUCGUAGUCUAG